UCACUCAUCCCCCAUGGUCAAUCUCUCCUAACCUCCUCCUCCUCCUCCUCCUCCUCCUCUCUCUCUCUCUCUCUCUCUCUCUCUCUCUCAUAGUCUACAAAACAGAGUCCCCUGUUUUUAUCCUCUGGCUCUGUUUCACAACAUUGGUAGAAGAAAAAUAUUCAAACUCCUCAGCUCACUCAUCACCAUGUCCACCAUUGUCUGUCAAGGCCUCCAAUCUUGUCUUGAGUCCCAACUCACAGAGACAAGAACACUCAGGCUCAAACUGGCUCUCCCAAAACCAUCCUUCUUCGAAACAAUCGAACCACCAAUCACACAAAGCUCAUAUCUCCAUCAGCCUAUGCUCAACCCAUCUUCAUCUUCCUCCAUUCUCAGCACCAAAAGCUUAGACCUCUGUACAGAGAAUUUGGGUAGCGAAACUGGCACAGACACCAUUGAAAUCAGCAAAUUUUGUCUGUAUUACCCGGCUUCGAAUGACAAACAAGAAGCUAAAACAGGGGUGGAAUCGAAGUCAUCCAAAAACAUGAAAUUUAAGAAAGUUGGGAAUUUGAAUUCCCGGGAUUUUCCUCCACCAUUGACAACGAUGAACGGUGUGAAUUCUCUGCACGUGAGGCCUCACCGGGAAGGCGGUAGAUUGGUAAUUGCCGCCAUGGAGGACCCAAAACAACAGAGGUUUUUUCAGGCUGAGAGAAGCCAUGGCCGCCUUAGACUGAGCUUUUGGAAGGACUCGGAAAUGGUGGUGGAGGAAAGCGAAGAAGAGAGUGACAUGGAAGAGGUUGAAAUUGAGGAAGAUGGUGAAGAAGAAGAGGUGGGUGAAGAAGAAAGUGAUGGGUAUGUGAAGGAGGAUAUGGAUGCAAAUAUCUUGGAUGUUGGGGGUGAAAUGGGAAUUGAGAAGUUUCAAUGGUCAAGUAGGUGCAAUGAAGGCGUGUGUGGCAAUGAAAGUAUAUCUAAUUGGGAGGGAGUUUGGGUGUCCUCUUCUUAAAAAUUUUAUUUUGAUGUUUUAAUGUGGUUUUAGUCCAAAUAUGUGUAAGUUGACUAUUCGAUUAUCAAAAAAUAUAUUUUUAAUGGCAUGAUUCUAUCAGAAUUUUUGUA